AACUUUGCAAGAAGAACGAACUGCAACAGGUGUGGAAAAGGUAUGCUGCGAGAGAGAACGUGUGAAGCGAAGCUGAUGAAGGCAGGAGGAACGGAAAUCGGAAAGACUCUCGCUGAAAAAAGCCGUGGCCUUUUCAGCGCCAACGAUUGGCAGUGCAAAACCUGUGGAAAUGUGAAUUGGGCAAGGAGAUCGGAGUGUAACAUGUGCAACACCCCAAAGUAUGCCAAGCUAGAGGAAAGGACGGGAUACGGUGGUGGGUUUAAUGAAAGAGAAAAUGUUGAGUACAUCGAGCGUGAAGAAUCUGAUGACGAGUACGAUGAGUUUGGACGAAAAAAGAAGAAAUUCCGCGGGAAGCCUGCGGCCCCCAAAACCAUCCCGCAAGAAGAAGUGGAAGAAAGCGAAAAGGACGAGGAGGAAGAUGAUGAAGAAGAUGGUGAUCUCUCCAAAUACAAGCUAGAUGAUGAUGAUGAUGAUGAUGAUGAAGACGGCGAUCUCUCGAAGUACAACCUGGACGCGAGUGAGGAUGAAAAGAAGCCUCCUAAAAGCAGGAGUAGCUCCAAGUCUCGCUCCUCUCGAUCUUCAUCCUCUUCCACCGCUCAUUCCAGUUCAAGGUCCAGAUCGCAGACCAGAAGUUCCACCACUUCCCGAUCCCGGUCGAGAUCCAGCUCUAGAGGCCAAUCUAGAUCACCCCAGUCAAAGUCCAGCUCCAGAUCACGCCGGGGGUCCUCGUCGCCGCGGAAGAGGUCCCGCUCCACCUCCCAGUCGUCAUCCUCUUCGGAGAGGGGCAAAAAGCGAAGCCGGUCUCGAUCCUCCUCCUCCGGCGGCCGCAAAAAAACUAGACGCUCUGACUCAAGAUCUCGGUCUGCAGAAAGACGCAGCGGCUCAUCCUCUGGAUCGUCUCACUCGGGCUCCCGGUCAUCAAGCUCUAAACAGAAAUAAACGUUUAACACGUACCCCUCGCCACCCACCCACCCUUGCCGUUUUUAAGCAAAUCAAAUACUUUCUGCCUGAUUGAGAGGGAAGUGAAUGAAGGAGAGGGACGAGAG